AUGUCUGCAACAAUGAAAGCAGUCAAUUAUUCGGGACCGUUCAAAGUGACGGUCCAGGAUGUGGAGGCGCCGCGCAUCGAGCACCCGGAUGAUGUAAUCGUCAAAGUCACGACUUCAGCAAUCUGCGGAUCGGAUUUGCACAUGUAUGAAGGCCGGACUGGAGCCCAGCCAGGAAUCACCUUCGGGCAUGAGAACAUGGGUAUCGUUGAGGAAGUCGGAUCCGGAGUGACUCUUUUGGAAAAAGGCGACCGUGUAGUCAUGCCCUUUAAUGUUGCAGAUGGUCGGUGCCGGAACUGUGAGGAGGGGAAGACGGCGUUUUGCACCGGAGUGAACCCUGGCUUCGCGGGCGGUGCCUACGGAUACGUGGCUAUGGGACCUUAUCGAGGUGGCCAAGCCCAAUACCUUCGAGUCCCGUACGCGGAUUUCAAUGCGCUCAAACUUCCGCCGGGAACUGAACAUGAGGCGGACUUCAUCCUCCUCGCCGAUAUUUUUCCAACCGGUUGGCACGGGGUCACCCUCUCAGGGUUCCAGCCUGGUGAGAGCGUUGCCGUUUUUGGCGGCGGACCAGUGGGAUUGAUGGCUGCUUAUUCCGCUGUCUUGCGUGGUGCUAGCCGUGUUUUCCUCGUUGACCGCGUCAAGGAGCGACUGGACGCAGCUUCUAAGAUUGGGGCCGAGGCUGUCAGCUUUGAGGAAUUUGAUCCCGUGGAGAGAAUAAUUGAGCUAAAUGGGGGCAUGGUCGACCGAUCUGUGGAUGCAGUAGGUUAUCAGGCUGUUAGCAAGGGUGGAUCGAGUGAAGUUCCGAAUAUUGUCCUGGAGAACAUGAUUAAGGUCACUCGCCCCUGUGGUGGUUUAGGUAUUCCGGGACUUUACGUGCCUACGGAUCCUGGCGCACCCGACAAGGCUGCGGGAGAAGGAAUGAUCUCAUUGAGUUUCGGAAAGCUUUUCGAGAAGGGGCUGUCGCUCGCAACUGGUCAAUGCAAUGUGAAGGCGUACAACCGCUAUCUGCGAGACCUCAUCAUCGCUGGGAAGGCGAAACCCAGUUUUGUCGUGUCUCACGAAAUCGAUAUAGACGAGGCCCCAACCGCUUACGAGAAAUUCGACAAACGGAUUGAAGGUUACACUAAGGUCCUGAUUCACCCCAACGGGCCCAUUGCCUCAACUGGUGGUGACUCUUCCAAGGGCGCCGCAGUGUGGGGCGAAGGUGGGAAAGGUAUCAGAAGUGUUGAGAAAACCAUCAAAAGCUGGGUGUGA